AUGUCAGACUCCAAAGACACCCUCCUGGGCAACGAAGAACCCAUUGACCCUCCCCCCGCAUACGAUCCUCCCAAACCCGCACGAGGAGCCCUUCCACGCCCACCACCUCUCGGCCUUCCAGUUCUCAACGCACUGCGCAGCAAACGCGUGAUUCUCGCGUCUCAAUCCCCCCGCCGACGUCAAAUCAUCUCCUUCCUCGGCCUGCCCAACAUUGAAAUCAUCCCGUCCAACGCCGACGAGAAUCUCCCCAAAACACUCACCCCCUUCGAAUACGUCCUCGGCACAGCGACCAAAAAGGCCCAAGCCGUCUACGAACAAGAAAUUAAUAACCAGGUUGCCGGCGAGCCUGCCCUUAUCUUGGCUGCCGACACGGUGGUCGUGAAUACCGAGUCGGGGACGAUUCUAGAGAAACCGCGUUCCGAAGCCCACCAUGUCAGUAUGCUGCGGUCGCUGAGGGAUGCGCGCGACCACAAGGUCUAUACGGCACUGGUGGCGAUGGCGCCUCUGGCGAGUGCGAGACAGCCGGGGUAUGCGAUGGACUCGGUGGUCGAGGAGACCAAGGUGCGGUUUGACGGCGAGGUGACGGAUGAGUUGAUUCUGGCGUAUGUGCGAACGCGCGAAGGAGUGGACAAAGCGGGCGGGUAUGGAUUGCAGGGUCUGGGGUCGAUCUUGGUGGAGAAGAUUGAGGGGACCGCGGAUAAUGUGAUUGGAAUGCCGUUGAAGGCGACGUUGAAAUUGAUCGAGACGGUCAUGGCCAAGGCUGACGAUGAAGAUCGGUUGCCAGAUGAUUCAGUCGUGGACGGCGAAGAUGACGACGUGGACGAGGUCUGGUGA